AUGCUAGAUGCAGAAAUAAUUCAGCCAUCUGCGUCUGAGUGGGCCUCUGCUCCCGUACUGAUUCGUAAACGGGAUGGAGGGGUACGGUGGUGUAUUGACUACAGGAAGUUGAACGAGGUCACUGUCAAAGACGUGUACCCGUUACCACUGAUAGAUGAGUGUUUAGACACCCUGUCUGGAAAUAUCUGGUUUUCCAAACUGGAUGCUAAUUCAGCAUAUUACCAGAUUGGUGUUAAAGCAGAGGACCGGAAAAAGACUGCUUUUGUGACAAAGUAUGGCCUUUUUGAGUUCGUACGCAUGGGUUUUGGGUUGUGCAACGCUCCGGCAACGUUUGCUCGAGCCAUGAACUUGGUUUUGAGAGGGUUAACGUGGAAUGUGGCAUUAGCAUUCUUGGAUGAUAUUUUGGUCAUGGGUAAGGACCAGGGUGAUCAUUUGACUAAUUUGCGGUCAGUCUUUAACAGAUUUCGCGAAUAUGGUCUGAAGUUCAAACCGAAGAAAUGUGAACUAUUUCAAACAAAGGUGGAAUUUCUGGGUAGAGUGAUAGGUCCCAACGGGGUAGAGAUGGGCACUGGAUAUGCCGACAGUGUUCGGGAGUGGCCUAUUCCCCGGUGCACAAGGGAGGUAGAAAGUUUUUUGGGCUUUGCCAACUACCAUCGAAAUUUCAUAGCUAACUUUGCGGAAAUUGCAGUCCCCUUGUACGAGAUCACGGGUAAAAAAACAUUUAUGUGGGGACCUGCUCAGGAGGCAGCUUGGGUUAAGAUAAAAGAUGCACUGGUAUCCACUCCGGUGCUAACUUUGCCCAACAAAGAUGACCCAUUCAUACUUGAUACGGAUGCGUCGGACAAGGCAAUAGGGGCAGAGUUGUCUCAGCUGCAGAACGGCAUCGAAAGAACGGUUGCUUAUGCCAGCUGUAGCCUCACCUCAGAACAGAAAAAGUACUGUACUACCCGGAAAGAAUUGUUGGCGGUGGUAAAGUUUACCCGCCAGUUCCGCCACUAUCUGCUGGGUAGGAGGUUCUUAGUGAGAACUGAUCACAACAGUUUAACCUGGUUGUUAAACUUUAAGCAACCACAAGGUCAAUUAGCCAGAUGGUUAGAGGAACUGGGUCAAUAUAACAUGCAGAUUCAACACCGACCCGGUAAGCAGCACAUGGACGCUGAUGCCUUAUCACGACUGCCUUUAUCACAACCAUGCCCAGAAUUUAAGGCAGGUGUCAAACUACAAGACUUGCCUUGUGGGGGCUGCAAGUAUUGUGUACGAGCCAAUGAUAAAUGGGGCUCGUUUUUUGACAACGUAGAUGAUGCAGUACCUUUAGCCACCAGGGUGGAUCAACCCACACUGGUACGGCAGGUGGUUUCCGCUGUGACUGAGAGUGCAUCAGUGGUGCAGAGUACUGAGUUCCAGCAGUUGCUCACUGGGGGUAUUGAGUCCGACCCCCAGCCCCAGAGUACGGGGCCAUUGUGUACACAUAUAGAUGUAGGGGUGGUCCCUACCAAAGUGCUGUCAGUAACUACUACUGAGGACAGUUCGGGUGAUAACUCCUUUGUGGGAUACUCGGCUGAUCAGAUGAAGGAAAAGCAGCGUGAGGAUAGGGAUUUGAGACAGGUUAUCCAAUGGUUGGAGACGCAGGUAGUACCCAGUGAGGCAGAAUUGUUUCUGGGCGACCGUGAAUCCAAGUGCUAUUGGGUUAACUGGGACACGUUUCAUUUAGAUGAACGUGGGGUCCUGUACAAACGAAUUGAGGAUGAUUCGGGGAGCAGAGAACUGCUAGUUGUACCCCAUUCCUUGCGACGGGAGUGGCUCAGGUGUAACCGUUGUAAGAAGGGUAAUAGGAAGGCGAGGUGCCCAAUGAAACAGUUUCAUGCGGGGGUUCCUAUGGAGAGGGUACAUCUCGAUUUCCUGGGACCAUUACCCAAGACUGAAAAUGGUAAUGAGUAUGUACUCAUGAUGGUAGACCAGUUUACAAAGUGGGUAGAGUGCAUACCAUUGCCAUCACAGACAGCUGAGGUGACAGCAAGGGCAGCUAUCAAUGAGUUUUUCUCGAGAUUUGGCUACCCUUUUGAGAUAUUCACUGAUCAGGGGAGAAAUUUUGAGUCGGAGCUAUUUCAAGAAGUGUGUAAAUUGCUCCAUAUUCAUAAAGCCCGAACCACACCUUAUCGUCCAUCUGCUAACGGACAGGUCGAACGGUACAACCGUACACUCAUGGAUGCUGUUCGAUGCUAUAUUGACAAAUCUCAAACCCGGUGGGAGGAUAACCUGGCUCAGUUGGCAGGGGCCUUACGCUCUGCGGUAAACCGCCACACAGGUUACACUCCUAAUCACCUGAUGCUGGGUAGAGAGGUCAAUCAACCUGCAGAUCUCAUGUUCAGGCCCCCUGUAGGGAAGCAGCCGGCACAUGUUGAUGAGUAUGUGGCCCAGCUUGAAGAAUCCAUCAGGAGUACGCAUGAACUGGCUAGGGAUAAGUUGGGUGAGUCCCAGAAAAGAAUGAAAAGGGACUAUGACCUGAGAACAGCAGAACACAAGUAUUCCAAAGGGGACUAUGUGUAUGUGUUGGACACGGCUGUUCUUAAAGGGGAAAACAAAAAACUUAGCCCACCAUGGAAAGGUCCUGGAGUGAUAAGGGAAUGCAUAUCCCCUUAUUUGUACAAAGUACAACUCCGUAAAGGAGUGUCAGUGAUCAACCAUGACCGAUUAAAAUUGUGUAAUGAUCGGAGGGUACCCCCAUGGUUAGAUCGGGCAAAAGGGGAGUUACUGGGCCAGAAGAAGGAAACAACAGAUCAGGAGGAGUCAGCCGAGGUGGACCCAUCACCUCAGGGGGAGCCAGCCGAGGUGGGCCCAUCACCUCAGGGGGAGCCAGCCGAGGUGGGCCCAUCACCUCAAGGGGAGUCAGCCGAGGUGGAACCAUCACCUCAAGGGGAGUCAGCCGAGGUGGGCCCAUCACCUCAAGGGGAGCCAGCCGAGGUGGGCCCAUCACCUCAAGGGGAGUCAGCCGAGGUGGACCCAUCACCUCAAGGGGAGUCAGCCGAGGUGGACCCAUCACCUCAAGGGGAGCCAGCCGAGGUGGGCCCAUCACCUCAAGGGGAGUCAGCCGAGGUGGACCCAUCACCUCAAGGGGAGCCAGCAGAGGUGGGCUCAUCACCUCAAGGGGAGCUAGCCGAGGUGGGCCCAUCACCUCAUGAGGAGUCCGUCGAGGUGGGUGUGUCGCCUCAGGAAGGGGACCUGGGGGAGGUAAGUGUGUCUCCACCAGCGGCGGCGGGGUCGUCACUCCAAUCGGAGGAUUCCUUGCCCGAUAUCCCUCCUUUCUGUUUUCCCACGCCCAUACACUUAAGGGAGGGCUCUCCUCCUCCAGGAUUCUUACACCGGGGGAGAGGACGGGGAAUCUUGGGGGCAUGGGAAAGGGGAAAAUUGCCUGUAUUUGGGUUUCUCAUUUCCCGUCCGGGACUGUCCACACCUGGUCAGUCCAGGUUUCCACUGGGAGUGGCCUUACCCCGGCCUCCGCGGGGGUUGGGCUUGCCCAGAUCUCCGUCAGGUCUAUGUUCCCCCCCGAUCCACCUCACCGGAAUCGACCGAGUCGGUUUCGCCCAAGGAUGCUGGGCUUACGCCCGGAGCGGUUAG